AUUCUAAACGUUACGGUACGGCGUUGCGAGUACGGAACUAUAAAUUCAGCUUUAGAACUACGAGACUCCUGGAAUAGAUCAGACUCGAUUCGAAGUCUUAGGGUACAUCGUUGACCUCCACCUGGCCCAGACCUCUGUAAACCUAAGGAGCACACAGCUGGCUGUCUGAUUUACAGUUGACUUUACUGUGCUGCAAAUUGCUCUUAAAGAAGGUUCCUCCCUCCCCUAAUGAUUCCGACGGUUUCGAUCCUUGGUUGGGGACAAUAACCACCACACGAGUCAAAUUUCUCGAUCGGUGAGGGAAUCGGUAGUAAUCCCGACGUCCCUUGGAGGUCGAUAACGAGGAAUUGAACUUCAUCUGUCCCAACUGAACUGGGUCCCGUUGCUCCAAUGGAGUUCCCUCCAUAUAGGCUAGUCCUAAAACCAGGAUUUUGCCUUUGAUGGCCGUGUCAUCCGGGAUCUCGUAUAACACAACCAUCAGCUUAAUUACCCUAGGGACGUGAAAAUCUACCAAUGGAAACCUUCUGAGAAGACGAAAAGAGGGCUACGCAGAUCCCAGAAGAUGAUGAGGGACAUGGAAUUUGGGAUUGGGAAAGCAACAACUACUUGUAUAGGUAUUGGGCCUUCACUGAUGUAAUGAAGUCGAUAUGUUGGUACAUAUAAAUAAUCAGUAGGCUAACCAUUGUUUCGUUGUACGUACGAUCUUUCAAAAUUGUCAGUUCAACAUUUUCAAAAUUAAUAGUAAAACUACGCGUUAAUUAAAGUUAUGGUACUGUGUUCAACAACAAAGAGAAGAAAAAUCGCUCCAGGCUUCCCAGAAUAAUGGAAGAUAAGGUUUUUGUACAGGAUAAUCGUCUAUCUUUAAGUAGUAACUCAUAUCUCAACCUUAAGAAGGAAAAAAGCAGCGUUUCUAGCUUUCUUAAAGGAUUUGUUUGUUUUAUGAAACCCCCGUCCAUACAAGAAGAGAUCACCGAUAGGACUUCCAGCUCAAGCUCCAGUGACGUUUUCGAACAGGAAUACCAACUAAGCGAGUAUCGGUCUCAUGUGCAAGACUUAACGGCUAGCGUUUGCAAUGACAAUUGUAAAGAAAAAAAGUGAGUCAGAAUCGGAAUCAGAAUACGAUGUUGCACUUAACAGACAAAGACAAGCUUCGCUAUCGUCCGUUCAUGAAAGUUUGUCAAAACGUACAGCUCCAUCGCACAAACAAGAUAAAAAUUUGCCCAGUAGAUUAUCUUCCAAGAGAACGCAAUACCGCCAAGAUGAAUUUCGCGAUUGGCAACAGAUGUACAAGUUACGGAACAAUUCUCGAAUUCCAAAGCUCAUCGCGAAAACCAAUUCAAAACUCACACCUCACACCCGAAACGAGUUUAUGAGGAAAUCGUCAUCCAUUGUUAUUAUUCGUUCGAAAAGUCAAAUUCAAAAGAAACUGGACACGCAUCAACGCCAUAAGGCGAAAGUCAAAGAAAAACAACACAGGCAUUCGAACGAAGACACCAUGCCUCCGAGGUUUUCUUACUCUACGCUGUUUAAAGCUGCACAGUCGCUUCAACAGAAUCACACCUCUCUUAGAUCACUAUCGAGCUCCUCAAGUUCCGUAACCUCUCUAGAAACACGCACAUUCCAAGAGCGAAUGGAAAAGCAAGAUUGGAAGUUGCCGGAUGAUUUGUCGUUGCUAAUAAAAGUCUUGAAGGCGUCACAGGUGCAGAUGAAUGGAAGGCGCAGGAAGCCCGCUGAAGCUAUCCUAAGCCGAAGUUCCCAAUUACGUCUGAUAUUCUUCUUGGGAAACCCCGAAAAUCAAGAUAAAGUAGGCACACUGCCUCCAGAAACAACCACAACCACACUUCACGAUGAAGAGCUCGCGUUAAUAAAAAAUUAUCAUGAUCAAAAGUUAGCUCGUCUGCAAACGUUUUCCACGUCCGAAUCGAUUGUAUCCGAAAUCAAUACUUCCCAAUUUUUGAAAGGCAAAAGCGAUAAGGAACCGCGCGAUGCGGAUCCAGAUGAGCGCAAUAAAAUUGAAAAGAAGGAAGAAGCUAGCAAUUACUCGUUAUGGGGUCAAAGUGGGGCGCCCGUAUUAGCGGACAAGUUUCAAGAAUUGCUAACGUUCCUGUGGAGAAUGUAUCUAACUAAAUUUUUAAAGUCUGCCGAUACGAGCUAUGCCAAAAAAGAGGAACCCUUAACUUUUCCUUUCGCGCAAGCCCCCACAACUGUAUACCAGGCGCGCGUGGACCGCUGCCCACCCACGGAUCCGGAACGCGUAGAUCGAGGCACGGACUGCCAAUGUUGCUGCAAAACACUCGACGGCCGUCAGGCUGAUCAGAUGCGCAGGGAGAAAAAGGGCGGAUGCCUAUCGUGCUUCAAGUCCCCAGGAUCCGGCGGUGGUGGUGGUGGUGGUUAUGGUAAAGGAGGGGGAGGAGGUGGUGGUGCAGGAGGAGCUAGCAGAGGUAAACCAUCAAAGAAGAAGAGGGCCACUAUACCCAUUAUGUCUUUCGAUCUACCUGAGAGUGAAACUCAAACUGUUGUCGAAACUACAAAACAGCAGAAGGAGUUUCAAAUGAAACCUCCAAAGACGGAGUACAUCUCGGAGGAGGAAUUGAAGCCAAAGGAAGCUCCAAAGAAACCGUGCCACUUCAUAAUGGAUUCUGUUUUGCGACCGCUAAAUGAUGAGGACUGCCUAUUAUUUCAAAGGAUGGCUAGUUCUGGAAGUCCUGUUCCAAUCUUACGGGACAUACCGUUGAGUCAAAAGUUUAACGAAGAGGCAUCUGGCUCUCAAAGAGGAAAAUUUCCGAAGAAAGGAGCCAUGCAGCCAGCUACGAAAGAAAGUGCUUCGAGAGCAUUCACGCAGGAGAAGCUGAAUGAGAUAGAGAAGAGGAGCGGUAUAUUUUAUGAGAUUCUAGCAUACGUUUACGAUAAGUUUAUGUAUACAAGGGGUGCUUUGCAAAGUUCGGACCCGGAUGACUCUAAAAGCAAGGCGAGCUCACACUUGAGGUCAGAUGAAGAGCCGCCAGAAAAACCACAAGGAAAAUCGCAUAAAAUUAACUUCACAGCGACGUCAAUGCAAAUUGAGCUACAACCAACAUUCGCGCAUAUGGGAGACGUUGAGAGUCAAAAAUACUUAGACAAAAUGGGUACCUCUCCAAAUACUUCAAACAGGCCCAAAUCGGCACCUGCGUUUCAUACAGUGGGAAGUGAAGCAAAAGAGAAAUGCAAUUGUAUUGGGGAAGAGAGAAUAAAGGCGUUAUUAAGAGACGCUCUCCGAGAAAUGAAAGCUCUUCCACGUGAACCAUCACAUUCUUCGAUACGCGAUGCUAAUGACCCGAACGUAUUCAAAUCAACUUUACUAACGUUCACUGAGCAGUCGAACUUAUACAAUACCAAACGGAUGGAACUACGACCUGCUCAAACCAGAAGUGAGAUGGGUAUAUCUUCCACACCACAUUCGCCAAUGUACAGUGAGCAGUAUUAUAAAUCAACUCAACCAUUCACCGAUCAUCAGUUCGAGUAUGAAAUCCAAUCGACGGAUCCACGAUCCGUUUAUACCAAAAAUGAAGUAAAUGUAUCUUCAAAUCCAGGAAAGCGUAAUGAGCAGUUUAUCAAAAAAACUGCACCAAUAUUCAAUGAGCUAUUUAGCAUAAAUCAAACUCCAUCGACUGAUUCACGAACUGUUCAUACCGAAGGCGAAGUGAAUGUGUCUUACAAACCAAAUUCACCAAAUGAGCAGGCGAUGGAUCCGCGAUCUGGUGAUAGAAAUGGUGUGAAUGUGUCCCCCAGAUCGACCUCACCAAUCCGCAAUGAGUAUUUCAAAUCGACUGUUCCAAUGGCCAAUCAGCCCUACUCAAACCAAGCGCAGACGACGGAUACACGAUCUGGUUAUACCCAAAAUGAGGAGAAUGUGUUCUUGAAACUAAUCUCGCCAAUGCCCAAUGAGCAGUACCUAAAUUCUACUCUACCAAUGCCUAACCAGCCUCAAACCCAACUGAUAGAUUCACGAUCUGGUUACACGGGAAAUGAGGGCAAUGUAUCCACGAGGCCAUCACCAAUGCGCUAUGAGCAGUAUUUGAGUUCGAUUUUGCCAGGGCCCGAUCACCAGUCUAAUCGAAAUCAAGCCCAAUUGAUCGAUCCGCGAUCUGACUAUACAGGAAAUGAGGGGAAUGUAUCUUCGAGACCGUCACCAAUGCGCAAUGAGCAAGAUCUGAAUUCUCUUCAGCCAGGGUCCAAUCAGCAGUCUUACCGCAAUCAAACCCAACCAAUGGAUCCACGAUCUGGUUACACAGUAAAUGAGGGGAAUGUAUCCUCGAGACCGUCUCCAAUGCGCAAUGAGCAGUACUUGAGUUUGACUUUGCCAGGGUUCAAUCCGCAAUCUUCCCAAAAUCAAACCCAACCGAUGGAUGUACGAUCUGGUUAUGCAGGAAAUGUGGGCAAUUUAUCCUCGAGUCCAACGUCACCAUUGCGCCAUGAGCAAUACUUAAGUUUGACUUUGCCAGGGUUCAAUCCGCAGACUUCCCAAAAUCAAACCCAACCCAUGGAUUCACGAUUUGGUUAUACAGGAAAUGCGGGCCAUGUAUCCUCGAGUCCAACGUCACCAUUGAGCAAUGAGCCAGGAUUCAAUCCGCAGUCUAACCGAAAUCAAACACAACUGACGGAUUCACGAUCUGGUUAUACCGGAAAUGUAGGCAAUGUAUCCUCAAAUCCAACGACACCAUUGCGCCAUGAGCAGUACUUGAAUUUGACUUUACCAGGGUUUAGUCCGCAGACUUCCCGAAAUCAAACCCAAUCCAUGGAUUCACGAUUUGGUUAUACAGGGAAUGUGGGCAAUGUAUCCUCGAAUCCAACGUCACCAUUGAGCAAUGAGCCAGGGUUCAAUCCGCAGUCUAACCAAAAUCAAACCCAACCGAUGGAUUCACGAUCUGGUUAUACAGGGAAUGUGGGCAAUUUAUCCUCGAGUCCAACGUCACCAUUGCGCCAUGAGCAAUACUUAAGUUUGACUUUGCCAGGGUUCAAUCCGCAGACUUCCCGAAAUCAAACCCAACCUAUGGAUUCACGAUCUGGUUAUACGGGGAAUGUCGGCAAUGUAUCCUCGAAUCCAACGUCACCAUUGAGCAAUGAGCCAGGGUUCAAUCCGCAGUCUAACCAAAAUCAAACCCAACUGACGGAUUCACGAUCUGGUUAUACCGGAAAUGUAUCCUCCAAUCCAACGACACCAUUGCGCCAUGAGCAGUACUUGAAUUUGACUUUGCCAGGAUUCAAUCCGCAGACUUCCCGAAAUCAAAACCAACCAAUGGAUUCACGAUAUGGUUAUACAGGGAAUGUAGGCAAUUUAUCCUCGAAUCCAACGUCACCAUUGAGCAAUGUGCCAGGAUCCAAUCAGCAGUCUAACCGAAAUCAAGCCCAACCGAUGGAUCCACGAUCUGGUCAUACCGGAAAUGUCGGCAAUGUAUCUUCGAGUCCAACGUCACCAUUGAGCAAUGAUCAAUACCUGAGUUCAACUUUGCCAGGGUUCAAUCCGCAGUCUAUCCGAAAUCAAACCCAACCGAUGAUGGAUCCACGAUCUGGUUAUACCGGAAAUGUGGGCAAUGUAUCUUCGAGUCCUACGUCACCACUCCGCAAUGAGCCAUAUUUAAGCUCGACUUUGCCAGCGUCCAAUCAGCAAUCUAACCGAAACCAAACCCAACAUAUGGAUCCACGAUCUGGUUAUACCGGAAAUGUGGGCAAUGUAUCCUCGAGUCCUACGUCACCAUUCCGCAAUGAGCCGUAUUUAAGCUCGACUUUGCCAGGGUCCAAUCAGCAGUCGAAUCGAAAUCAAACCCAACUGAUGGAUCCACGAUCUGGUCAUACCGGAAAUGUGGACAAUGUAUCCUCGAGUCCUACGUCACCAUUUCGCAAUGAGCCGUAUUUAAGCUCGACUUUGCCAGCGUCCAAUCAGCAAUCUAACCGAAACCAAACCCAACAUAUGGAUCCACGAUCUGGUUAUACCGGAAAUGUGGGCAAUGUAUCCUCGAGUCCUACGUCACCAUUCCGCAAUGAGCCGUAUUUAAGCUCGACUUUGCCAGGGUCCAAUCAGCAGUCGAAUCGAAAUCAAACCCAACUGAUGGAUCCACGAUCUGGUCAUACCGGAAAUGUGGACAAUGUAUCCUCGAGUCCUACGUCACCAUUUCGCAAUGAGCCGUAUUUAAGCUCGACUUUGCCAGCGUCCAAUCAGCAAUCUAACCGAAACCAAACCCAACAUAUGGAUCCACGAUCUGGUUAUACCGGAAAUGUGAGCAAUUUAUCCUCAAGUCCAACGUCACCAUUGCGGAAUGAGCCGUAUAUAAGUUCGAUUUUGCCAGGGUCCAAUCAGCAAUCUAACCGAAAUCAAAACCAACUGAUUGAUCCACGAUCUGGUUAUACCGGAAAUGAACUGAAUACAUCUUCAAGAUCAACUUCACCAAUGCGCAAUGAGCAGUACUUGAAUUCUAAUCUGCCAGGGUCCAAUCAGCAGUCUAACCGCAAUCAAGCCCAACCAAUUGAUUCAAGAUCUGGUUAUACAGGAAAUGACGGGAACGUAUCCUCAAGACUAACUUCUCCAAUGCGCAACGAGCAAAAUUUGAGUUCAACUUUACCAGGGCACAAUCAGGAGUUUAACCGAAAUCGAUCUGGUUAUACCGGACAAGAGGUGCACGUAUCCUCCAAAUCAGCUUCACCAAUGCGCAACGAACAGCUCAAAUCAACUGUGCCAAUGUCUAAUGAUCGGUCGAACUUACAUCAAACCCAAGCAGUGGAUCCACGUUAUGGUGAUACCAGAAAUGGAGUGAGUUCCUCCAAACGAACGUCAAGAAUUAGUGAUGGGGAGUAUUUCAAAUCAACUUUACGAUCGUCCAAUGAUGAGUCAAACAACCGUUCAAUGAAUCCACGUUCUGGGUAUAACAGAAAUGAGAUGAACCAAUCUUCCAAACCAACUUCACCCACGCGCAAUGAACAGUACCCCAAAUCAGCGGGUCGAAUGUCCAACGAUCAGUCAAACUUAUAUCAAAGCCAAUCGACGCACCCUAGAUCUGGUCGUAGCAAAAGUAAAGUUAAUGUCGCCUCCAAACCAACUUCAGCAAUGCGCAACGAGCAGUACGCCAAAGGCUCUUCAGCAGAUCAGUCGAACUUAUAUCAAUCCCAUCCGAGAGAUUCACGAACUGGAUACAAAAACGACGUCAAAGUAUCUUCUAAACCAAUUUCAUCAGUGCGCAGUGACCAGUAUUUCAAAUCAACUGUACCAAUGUCCAAUGAGCAGUCUUAUUUAAAUCAAACCCAAGGGAUGCCUAAACGAUCUGGUAGUGGAAAAAGUAAGGUUAAUGUGCCCUCCAAGUCAACUUCACAAAUGCGCAAUGAGCAGUAUUCCAAAUCCAAUGAGCAGCCCUACUUAACUUCUGUGGGGCCACAAUCUGGUCGCAAAAAUGACGUGGGUGGAUACACCAAAGUAACUUCACCAAAACGCAAUGAGCAGCAUUCUAAAUCACCAGUCUCCAAUGACCAAUCCUACUCCAGUCAAACGAAACCGAUGAGGCAACGAUCUGGUCAUACCAAAAAUGAGAUGAAAGCGCUUUCUAGACCAACUUCGCCAAUGCAUAACGAACAGUAUUUCAAAUCAACGGUUCCAGGUUCCAAUGAGCAAUCGGACUUAUAUCAACCGAUGCCAAUGGAUUCACGCUCUGGUCGUGAUGUGAAUGUAUCGUUUAAACCCACUUCACAGAUGCGCAGUGAUCAGUAUUUGAAAUCGACUGCACCAAUGUCUAAUGAGUCUUAUCAAACUCCUUCGAUGGAUCGACGACCUGGUCAUCUUCCCUCAAAACCAACGUCACCAACGCGCAAUGAGCAAUAUUUAAAAUCACCUGUACCUAUGGCCAAUGAGCAGUCGAUGGAUUCACAAUGCGCUCCUUCACAGAAUUGCUCGUGUGCUCGAAAACAUAGACCCGGUAGUCUUCGACCCACAUCGUACUCCCCAAUAUUUGAGAGUAACAAAAAAUGCAGCUGCGCACAAGGGAGCCCUCACGAUGAAAUUGACAGUGCACCCCUUUCCCUCAAAGAAAUCCAAAAUAGACUGCCUAAACUGGAAUUAUCACAAUUUUCUCUCAUCUUCAACCUGUUGACGUUACCAAACGUUCCCAUCGUUGCAUCAUUCACCACUGAGUACAAUACCGAUUUCUUGCCGACCGAUAUAGAUUCCGACGAUAUCCUGAGCGACUUGUCCGACGACCUAACGGGAAUCUCAUCGUACGGAGCCUUGAGCAUUUUCAACUACGUGGAAACGCAGAGUGACGAUAAUCCUUGGAAAAUGCGCAAAAAGAAUUUGGCGAGGGGCGCCAUAACGAAAAGAAGACCGCCGAAGAAGACCUCUAAAUCGCUAAAAUUCAGCGAGCCGAGCUACGGCGACAAUUUGAAUCAGGUGAUCUUCGUUCAGCAGCGCUUUUCGCAGCACUCCGCCAGCUCGUACGGGACGAUGUUGGAAUACUCGAGACGCGAGGGCUCCUAUCAGGCGACGAGUUCGAGUUAUAAGGCUCACAUCGAUUCCGUUAUUCACACGCAGAACUGGGUAAAAUUUAGAGAUCAUUUCCAGAAGCCACAAAGACGUCACGGUGAAGAUCGAGGGAUAUAUGCUGGUGUAUCCAAAGCGACUACCUUGUAUUUAUCUACCCGUGAAGAAAUAGAAGAUAAUGGCCGAGUUGAUGAUGGUUCAUCUAACGCUAGUGUUCAUUCUUCGGAUGUGCAGCAGACUUUUGAGAUUAAUGAUGAUUGCAAUUGAAAAGAAUGAAACACUUAAUUAAUGUCGUCUGUAGGUUAGUGUUUUGCAAUGUAACUUUUCUAAAA